AUGGUCUCCUUGAAAUACAUUCUCCUUGCGACGGCGGCGGCCGCUUCUGUGCUCGCUCGCCCCUUCGACUUCCUCGACGAGCAAACCGAUGGGAACUCAACCGAGCUUCUUGAGAAGCGCCAGGUCACGCCCAACUCCGAGGGCACCCAUAACGGCUACUUCUACUCCUGGUGGUCCGAUGGAGGCGGCCGGGUCACGUACACCAUGGGCGCGGGUAGCCGGUACCAGGUGAGCUGGACCAACGUCGGCAACUUUGUCGGCGGCAAGGGAUGGAACCCAGGCACUGGCCGAACCAUCAACUACGGCGGUUCCUUCAACCCCAGCGGAAACGGCUACCUGGCCGUGUAUGGCUGGACCCGCAACCCGCUCGUCGAGUACUACGUGGUCGAAUCGUACGGAACAUACAACCCCGGCAGCGGAGGCCAGUUCAAGGGCACCGUCACGUCGGACGGCGGGACCUACAACAUCUACGUCUCGACCCGAACCAACCAGCCGUCGAUCGACGGCAUAAGGACCUUUCAGCAGUAUUGGUCGGUGCGCACCUCGAAGCGUGUCGGAGGCUCCGUCAACAUGCAGAACCACUUCAACGCCUGGGCCAGGUACGGGUUGAACCUGGGCCAGCAUUACUACCAGAUCGUGGCCACCGAGGGUUACCAGAGCAGCGGCUCUUCUGACAUUUACGUUCAAACCCAGUAG